CCGUACGCUUCCCUUGCCUCAAUCUUUUGCCUUCAUUUCUCUUGUUCAUCAACGUCGCCGCCUUGCUGAAAUCCCGGCAUCCGCUUCCCACAGCUCCUCCCUAGAAAAUGUCUUCAAGGAUUCCGUCAAGAACCUCUUUUGUGGUUCUGCUCGUCGCCCUUCUGUUCCUUUCCGUUUCAUUCCAUCCCUCAGUCAUCCAUGGACAAAUCUUCAAUGGGGACAGCGUGGUGACCGUGCCGUCUGAAGCUGUCAUCAUCAGCUCGGAUAUCCUUCCAUCCUACAUUGUGACCACAGAUGAACCAAAACCUACUGCGACAUCGAACCAAACAACCGGAGGAAAGAACUCGGCUCUCGCUGCUAACGGCACUACUACGGCCAUUAUGCCUCCUGUUCCAUCUCUACCUCCAUCUACCCCAACAACACCGUCAGCGCCGGCCUUUGUGCAACCCUACACUACUCCGGCUGCAGGUGGCUUCCCCCUUACGGUCGCUACACCCCUGCCUCUGCCUACGACCCCAGCACAGUUUCCUCAGAACAUCUCUUCGUGCCCGACAUGCUACGGCAUGUUUCCGACCCUCUCUCGCUGUAAUGUCAUUGCCAACUCGAAUGGGUUUGCAACUACACCCAACGCGACCUACGAGGCCCUGCUGCCGUUCCUAAAGUGUAUUUGCACAUUCAAGGCCCUAGAUGCUUAUCCGUAUUGUAUCGACUGCUUCUCCAAGACCAGUCAGCAGGUUCAGUUGAAUGCCUUGCAAGCGAACCAUCUGGAGAACUAUGUGGACGCUUUCCGUCAGCUGUGUGGUGCGACGUAUAAUGGCAACAAGGUGCCAGACAUUAACGGAGCAGCUGUAGGACGAGGACCGGCAGAGACGGUGAACAGGAGGCUAAUAAGGCUUAUUAGUAUUAUAGUGAUGUUGGUGCUGAAUGCAUGACGCUUUUGAGCGAGCAUAGCUACAUAGUUGAACACUCCUGCGGUAACGGCGAAUGGAAGGGCACGGACAGCUCAGCGCGAUGUAUGUCGCAUUUUAGAGUAGCGCAUAGAAACUAAAA